AUGGUUCUCUUCGACCAAGCUACCUAUGACAAGCUCUACAAAGAAGUGAGUUUUUUGUUGAACAAAAUGCAUUCAAAAAGUUUAAAAUACGAGAUUGUAUAACAUAGGUUCACUCAAACGAUCCGAGUUUUGUUAAUUUUUUUAAAGCCGACUGAUUUUAACUUCUAAAAAGUUUUAAAAAUUAUCGAUCAUGCUUAGUAUAAGAAAUCUGUAACACGAAUAUCGUUCAGGUUUUCUUGCAUUCCCAGAUAUAGAGAUUUAGAAUUUUUCAUUGUUUGGAACACUUAUUUUUAUUUCUUUCAAAAUUAAACAGAAAGUUGUUAUUCAGUAAUCUCAAUUUUCUGAUUAAAAAUGACAAUUAAUUGACCUAAAACUUCCUAAUUGAUUGUGGAACGCGUUCUUCUAGUGAAAUUCGUUUCAGUAUAAUGUUUUCCUUCACUUUUCUAAAUCAAUAAAUACGCAAACAUCUGGCAAAUCUGUUUGUUUCCCCACACAACAUUAUUGAUUUUUUGAGAGAAAACAUUUUAUUAUACAUGAAUUUUCGGGCGUUUUCUUUAUUUAUUGGGCGUGUUUACAAGUGGCUUUAGAUUUUUAUAACUAUACAAAUAAUAAAUUUCCAUUCCUCAAGCUAACAUGUUUCAUACGAAUCUUAUUUUAUUAUUUUCCAGGUCAUCACCUACAAGCUUAUCACUCCAUCCGUCAUCUCCGAAAGACUGAAGGUCAGAGCCUCUUUGGCCAACGCCGGACUCAAGGAAUUGGAAGCUAAGGGACUCGUCAAAUGCAUCGUUCGUCAUCACGGACAAGUCGUUUACACCAGAGCCACCCGGGAAGCCGACGUCAUCGUUGAAUAA